CAACAUUGUCGUUUACAACAUUUUUCAACCUUUGUCCAAUGUCCUCAUCUGUUUUCUACUAACUCUCUUAUUUAUCAUCUUUCUCAGGACCCUCAAUCUUGCCAUGAACAAAGAUUUUCGUUUGCUCUAAUCUUGUGAAGAAAGGUGCUCAUGAUGUGCUAAAAGCAUCGUUUUGUUUCUUUAACAGAUACAUGGCCCAUGAAGCUUUGUGCACUGAGCAUUCAGCUCACAUACUGAGUGUGCUACGCCGAAAAGUCCGGAUUCUCUGCUCGCGAAUGCGGAGGCUGACUAAGAAGCGGCCACGUCUAAAGAUCGUCGUCAAGAGAUUGAGAAAAUUUGGCUCAAGAGUCCGUUCCGGUGAAUCGCUAGGUGCCAAGAACAGUUCGAACAAUGGCCAAUUCAGUUUCUCUUUCCCAGAGAGGCCGAUCCGGGUCGCAACAUUCAACGUAGCGAUGUUCUCUCUCGCGCCCGCCGUCCCAAAUCACGAUGAAACCUCUGUGUUCGAUCACGAAGAAGAAGAGGAACAUUACUUCGUGUUUGGUAAUAAUCAGCAGAAGCCAGGACUUGAUUCUCAGCCUAGGAGCAUAUUGAAGCAGUCUCCUCUGCACCCAUCUGUGAACGGUAGGCCUGCUAGGUCGAAUCUGAAGGUCUCGAUAAAUCUGCCCGAGAACGAGAUCUCCAUAGCCAAUAGCAAGCUGCUUGGCUUCAUUCAAGAGAAUGAUGUCAAGAGCCCGCCGAUCAUGAUCACCAGCAGUGCCAACACUCGAAGCAAAGUCCCUGUCAGAUCACCGAUAUGUUUCCCCUACAGCUUAGCCCUGGGAAAUUCCAGGAGCAAUCACGAAGAGAAUCUGAGGAGUGGCAAGAGCAUCUUAGAAGUGCUUAGGGAGGUGAACGCUGACAUUUUGGCAUUGCAAGAUGUGAAGGCUGAGGAAGAGAAGGGAAUGAGGCCGCUUUCCGACCUGGCAAGUGCUCUGGGAAUGGACUACGUGUUUGCUGAGAGCUGGGCUCCUGAGUAUGGCAACGCGAUCCUGUCGAGGUGGCCAAUCAAGCGGUGGCGGGUUCAGAAGAUAGCUGACGAUGACGACUUCAGGAAUGUGUUGAAGGCCACCAUAGAUGUGCCAUGGGCAGGAGAGCUUAGCUUCAACUGCACACAGCUGGACCACCUGGAUGAGUUCUGGAGGAUGAGGCAGAUCAGAGCAAUCGUUCAGUCAUAUGACCCUCCUCACAUCCUCGCAGGUGGCCUCAACUCACUGGAUGAAUCAGAUUACUCCAUCUCUAGAUGGAUGGACAUUGUCAAGUAUUAUGAGGACAUAGGGAAGCCCACACCAAAGGUUGAAGUAACCAAGUUUUUGAAGGGGAAAGAUUACAUUGAUGCAAAGAACUCUGCUGGGGAUUGUGAGCCUGUGGUCAUCAUUGCAAAAGGUCAAAAUGUGCAAGGCACGUGCAAGUAUGGCACACGUGUGGACUACGUCUGGGCAUCUCCAGAGGCACCUUACAAGUUUGUGCCCAAUUCAUACUCAGUGAUCUCAUCUAAGGGCACUUCAGACCACCACAUAGUCAAGGUUGACGUUGUUAAAACAGGUUGUAAGCCUAGGAAAGACCCUCUCAGACAGAAGAAGGCAAGACAGAUGGCUUUGAAGGUGAGAUACCCUUGGAGAAGUAUAUGGCAAGUAAAAGCCUAAAAAAUUAUAGGGUGAACUGCAAAUUUUUUUUCUUUUUUUCUUAUUUUUAUUGCAUUAGCCAAGCCCAAUUUCUGGGCUUCCACUGAUAAUUUUUAUAUGGUCUCUCCUCCAUGUUGGAGGAAGAGUUGUGUAUCCCUUUUUAGGGGGGCUGAAGUGUUCUAACUUCUUAGAAGUCUCACAAUUAAUCUCACAUGUCCUGAUAUUCCCCUGUCA